AUACUGUAACUUGUUUCAUAUGAUAAGGCUGAGUCGCUUAGGCUAUUUUAAACUUGUUAUCAAAACCUCUCUGAUAAUGAAUCGAAUUUAAUCGUUUACUGUUAAAUCGAUCAGAUCGGUUCUCAAUCUAACUGUGCACGGAUCUAUUCUGAAUCUAUUUUUGCAUUUCCCAUACACUUUUUGCAUUCAAUCCCUUCCUCAAUUGUAUUGUUUAAUCAAGUUUUCUAUGCGGUGAUUGUGAUUCUUCUAAAGUCUUCAAAAAUUCAAAAACCACCGAAUUAAGGUGAAAUGGAUCUAACACCCAGCUGUCUAUUGAAUGUUGAUGGUAUCAACUAUAAAAUUGAUUUAAAGCAGAAAAACGGGGAAAAGAAGAUUGAUUUGAACUGCUUACACAGACUUCUUACCGAGAUUCACGAAGAACUUAAAGAUUUAGAUCUAUUAAAUAAAAAUAAAUACAUAAUAGAGAUAUUUGAUCAUCGUUUUCAAGAGUAUGUACCAGUGGAUGAUGAGACUGAAAUAGUCGACAAGGCUAAACUAAGGGCCAGAAGCUUAGAAAUAGACUUAACAACCUCCUUAAAUGGUACUGAUUAUAUAGAGGAUGAAGUACUGAUAGUUAAAGAUUUAGAUGACAAAACCCAACUUGUCAAUAUUGUCUGCCAGCUUCACAUGGACUUCAUCAGUACACCAAACCGCAACAGAAGAAGAAAAUCCAACCAUGUUUUAGAGGAAAAUCUCAGAAUGAAAGAAAAAUUCUGGGUCUCUGUUUCUGAAGAAUUGGCCAUUGCUAGGAAUCGUAAUUUCAAACCUGAACAGUGCAUGACCAUGUUCUUUGGCCUCCUUUCUCAAUAUCAAUAUGUUUUGAGGAAAUAUAAGCGAUUGACUGAAGAUAAAGUACAAGAGAUGUGGCCCUUUUUCAAAGCUUUCCACCACAAAAUUGAUUGUAAACUAUUUGCCAAAGUCUUACAUAAUCUUAAAUCUGGUUUUGAUUCUUGCAAGAAGGAUUAUAGAGGAAAUAAGGAUCCAAGACAUCAUUCAAAAUCUGAGUGUUCACGUUUAGAAGAAGAUUUCAAUUUAAUCAUGUCAGUUGUUAAUCGCCUCAGCUCAUUUAGAAAGCCUCCUCGAGUUGCUGCAUGGAAAACUAUCAGUGAUGAUAUGGCUGAUUAUAAUUCACCUAAUAGUCGGAUGACCGCUUUCCGCUGGCAAAAGCGUUUUCAUGAGCUACUCACAAAAUAUGUGCAGAUUUCUAGUCGAGACUCGCAAAUUGAGAAAGAAACAUGGCCACUUUACAAUUUAUUUUCUCAAAUUGAUAUUGACCUUUUUAUGAAAGUUUCUGAUAAAAACCCCAAAGAGCGAAGACCUACAAGAUCUCCUAUCCCGAUUGACUUAUCUGAUAGUGAAUCCGAGUUUGUAGUUAUCGAUGAGAUUACAGCUGAAAGUGACCAAGAGGAAACGCAGAUGGUCGAUCUUGAAGAAGACGAAAUCAAUGAAGUUGUUCAAGAAGUCUUAGACUAUCUAAUUGAUCAGGUGGAACUGGAAGUGUGAAGCGCAAUUGUUCAUAAAGAUUUUCACCAUUUUUUACUUGGUACUUUCAACUUGUCAAUUUUUGAUUUCAUAUUGUCAUAUUGGCCACAUUCCUGUUAUUCAUUCAUCUGAUCCAUAUGUAUAUGUCCAAUCUUAUAAUAAUAUCAACACCAAUCGUAAACUCAAUUAGGAUGUCGAAUAUAUUUUCAUAUGUUCCUACUUUAAAAUUUAAAGAAUGCCUGUAAUCUAUUACCAGCGCAUCGAAGAAAAUUUUGUUCACCAAAUACUAUUUCUAAGAAUCUCUACUCAGUGACCGACCGUGCUGCACUAAAUGACUCAGAAUUUUGUUACCUCAAUCCUCAUUGGUAUUAAUUUAAGGACAAACGAAUCUGUUUCGUGGCAUGUGUCAAUUCAGAUGGAAUCAACUAAUACUAGGCAUGAUGGAUUAAAAUCACAGCGAUUUCCUCAAUUCUUCAAAUUUGGUCAACAAAAACAAAAUCAUUGCAUUCAUAUUGUAAUCUUCAUGAUAUAGUCAUAAAAAUAUUUAUCAAUCAGCAAAUGUAAAAUAUAUUUAGCAUCCUAAAAUAUUUUAUAAAUGCUGAGCACCAUCCUUUGUUAAUUCUCUUCUAUUAUCACUCUUAAAUCAAUCUUUGAAGUAAAUUUUUUUCUAAUUGAUUAA